UGGUCACAGUAUAAUUCUAUAGUAUAACGGAACUAUAAACUUUUUUUUUGUUACGUUCAUGCUUGAUGAAUCAUAACCUAAAUUUCGUGUAUUCUACGUGUCUUCAAGCACUUUCGAGAUAUUGCUGAUGCAGUCUAUUUGGAUUUAUGUUCUUACAAAAUUUUAAACAAAGUGAUUGUCUCUCAUAUAUUAUUCAAUCAUCACGAUAAGUGUUACAUAUAUUAUAAAAAAUUAGACGUUUAUGAGUUUAUUUGCAAGUAAUCAACCAUGAGUAAAAGCAUGGGUGGGCCAAGCUUGAAGGAACAUGAUGAGUUUUUAAAACGUAUAAAAAAAUCUUUAUAUUAUUCCAAAUUACCAACGAAUGGAUGCUUAAGUUUGCCAGUUACUGAAUUGGUAGCUGAGUUUUUCACAGAAGCGAAGAGUGAUCAUACAUUGAAAAAGCUUGAAGUGGAAGAAGCAAGCAGAAUAUCUGAAAACGUUUCUCCUUGUCCUCUUGUAUUGGCUCUAUUGUAUAUUGAGAGAUUAAAGAACCGCAAUCGGGAAUAUCUUCAGCAUGUAACACCCUCUGAGCUAUUCUUGGUUUCCUUGAUGGUGGCCUGUAAAUUUCUAUAUGAAGUUGAUGAAGAAGAUGGAGUUUUCAAUGAUGAGUGGGCAAAGGCGGGACUAGUGACUGUGCAAUGGAUGAAUAAACUGGAAAAAGAUUUUCUUGCUGCAAUCGAUUGGACAGUGUGGGUACAAUCUCAGGACUUUUGGAAAAGACUACAACAACUGGAAAAAGAUGUGGCUUACCGGGAAGUACGUAAACGGGGUUGGUGCACGUACACUGAGUUGAGUUGCUUGAUGAAUCCCGUCCAGCUGAUCACGAUCGCGCAAACCCUAAUAAACGUCUCUUCAAUUUGCUUGGCGACUUAUGUUGCCGGUUUGGCGACUCUCCUGGGAUCCACUCUGGUCACUUGCUUCGUUGUAAAUAGUGUUCUGCCUGGAGCGUUGCUUGGUGUGAAACAACCGAAGAAUCUAGAAACAAAUGUUACACCAAUCGAGUUGACCUAUCCAUUAAUCAAUACGCAAUCUCAGGAGAUUGGCGACGACAAUUUGCUGAUAUCCGCCUCGUUGAACAGCGAUGAGAGCGUUGUGGAUUAUUCUUCAACUGCAGAAAUUGACAACAACAACAACAACGACGACGACGUAGUCUGGCAAUGGUGGUUGAACUCGACGAUGACUUGGCUGCCUGAGUAUUGCUCUUUGAAGAGUAACGUCGAGGUCCCGAAUUCCACUAGCAGAUUGUGUGUUAUGAAUGUUAAUUCUUCGUUCAACGCGUCACACAUUACGGAGAUAGAGAAGAUAGAGAAGAUAGAGGAAACGGAAGAUUUUACACUGGAAGAUUAUCGUCGCAAUGUGAAUUGGAAAGAAGUGCUAGCGCAAGAUUGGAGACCAUCGCAUCGAUUGAAUUACGAAAGUGUCUUUCGGUCGCCGUCAUUAAAAAAGGAUUUAACAUAUGCUUGCUGAUAGCGAUUUGCCUCUUAGACAGCCUUCUAAAAAAUAUAUACAUAUAUAUCUCUAUUUUUUGUACUAACUUUUUGCGAUCUAAUGUUCGAUAUUAACAAAUAUGUUUUUCCAAUAAAUAUUCGAUAUUGCAUACUAUAAACA